AUGACCAACGGCAACGCCAGCGGCGGUGGCGCGACGAUCGAGGCCGUGGAGGCGGCGGCGCGGGUGGCGAUGAGGGAACUCACCGUGGCGCGCGAGACGGUCAACGCCCACUUGAAAGAGUGGCAGAACGACUCGUUGCGCAUGAAGGCGUUACUGCAGCAGCUCGAGUUGACGUCGCGGAAUAUUACAACGGACUGCGGCAGUACGGUGGCGCACACGGGCACGGCGGCAGUGGGCGGGAGCGGGUCGUUGAGUGGCCACAGUGCACCGACUCGCCCACAGUCGGACAAAGCAGAACAGGUAGAGCCGGGCGAGGCAGCAUCCAUGGAGAGACAGACGCCGCGGGAUUACGCCAGCAUAACCGGCGUGAGCAGCAGCUGGUCCAACCCGGUGAUGGUGAUGGAGGGCGGUGGCGCCGACCCGCCUGUCCUGCGUGCUGUGCAGGCUCAGUUGCGCACAGAGCGGGAACUUCGGCAGCGCUACGAGGAGGAGCGGGAGAAGAUGAAGGGGCUUCUCCGGGCCAAGGAGGUGGAGGUGGAGAAACUGAAGAAGGCGUCGACGAGGAACUCGACGAAGGAUACCACGUAG